AUGCCCCAGAUGAAAAAGAAUGAGAGACCCUUGGGGAUUGUGUUGAUUGCCAAGGACGACACGCCCGAGAGAAUACUGUUUAAGUUUCCUUAUGUCAUCGACAUCCCUCAAGGUGGGUGUUUUGCUCAGUUUAGAGCUCUAUCGAUUUAUUUGUUAUGUUAUCCAUGCUAAUCUUCUUAUUGAUUUGUGUUAUUUUAGCCGCAAAGCUCUCGGAGAACUCUUCCGAAUCCUCCGAAGCUUUGAAUUCUCCCGAAUCUCAGGAAAAUAUCGAUGAUGAGAUGGACUUCCGGCCCAAUGGCAAGUGUUCUUUGGAGAUUUGCAACAAAAGAAUUGAUCCAAAUGAAAUCAAAAAGGAUAAGAAGGAAGAGCGAGUUCCUUGGUAAGGUCGUUUACUUCAUUGUGGCUUCGUUGAGAGGUUUUUCUAAAAAUGAUUCAUCCAGUUUCCCGGUGAAGAUGCUUGCCGCCCUUUUGCAACCAAAAGAAGAGGUCCGAGAAGUCCCAUUCGAGAUCAAAGUAGACAAUGUCAGGUACGCAGGGGUGCCUUGGCAAGUAAACAAAGCUGGGCAAUGCAUCUCCAUCAUCUUUGUCCUCCCAGGAACAUGUUCUAAUUACAUUGUGGAGGCCUUCCAAUCCCUGAGUCGGAAGCUGGUGGUGGCUAUUCAUAGUGAAGAAAUGAGGUGUUCCUUCCUGAAAGAGCAGAUCCAUAUCAUCCAGCCAUUGCUGGAUAAGGCCGAGAGUAGCGACGAUGAAAGUUACAAUCCUUUCGUUGAUAUUGAAGGUGUGAAAAUCUUUUUAUUUUUUGCUAUUGUACUGGACGUCGUCUGAAAUGUUUUUGAUAUAAUAAUUUCAACAUAAUACAAUGUUUUGUUGCAGGACAAAGCAAACUGGCCAGAAGUUUGAGGGACGUCUACGAAGAGAUCUGCGAACAUGGAAUCGUCGAUGUUUUCAUCAACGAUUGCAUCCAAGUUGGAUUUUGUGUAGAGCCCAACUCUCUAAAUGGUGUCGUGGUUACGCCUAACCCGUCCAGAGAUGUAGAAAUCCUGAUGGAGUCUCUUCAACCUUACCAUACCAUCUUAUUCUUCGAAGAUUGUGCUCCAAGCCCUGACUGUAACCCCUUCUUCAUCAAGUUUGUCGAACAUCAUGAUAUUGAAAAGAGGUAUUUUGUUGUUUUUUGUUUUAUAAUUUGCCUAAUUCAUUGUAUGAUAUGAACUUUCAGCAUCGAAGAGAUCAGUUUCUCCUCUAAUAUGCCCCUGCCGCAAGUAAAGGACGUGGUUCGGCACUGUUUAUUGUGGGCUCGGGCGAAAGUCAUCUACCCCAUCUGUUCAAGUAACCUUUAUUCGACGGCACAAAGUGAAGUCAUUACUCAACGAACUCAGAAGGCGUUCAAAGAGCAGUUUCCUGAAGUCUCGUUGCCCCGAUUACUCGCUCGUUUUCAUCCACCUUGCACUUUGGCCGAAUUUCUGGAAGAAGUAAGUGUGAAUGGGUAGUAUAAUGUAACAAGUCGUUUUUACGCAAUUUUUGACUAAAACUUUGUUGAAUGCUAAUUGGAAAGAUAGUAUACGAAAUGUGGGGAGCAUAUAUAAUUUUAAUGUUGCUUUUAGGCGUCAUUAUACACCAAAAUUCAAAUCCGAAAGCAGAUGUUGAUCUUCCUGUUGAGAAACAACUUCCUAACCCAACUCCACACGUAUUUAUUCUUGAUGCCCCCAUCCACUCAAGUAGCCCGCUUCAAAAAUCCAGUCUCAGAUGCUGAGAUGGUCCUCUUAUCCAAUAGAAUCAAGACACAGCUGAGACAAGUCAAGGAUAGUGUUUAUCGAGAUGCCCUCACGAGGAUCUCCGUAGACGCCCAAAAGAUUGGAUUGGCCGAAUCAGAGUUCUUCUGGCUACUCAGCACAUUCUUGUCGUAAGUUUUGGAUAUCUAGUUGAGAGAUAUCUCUUAUUUUGUGUUUCUUUUAUGACAUAUUUUUUAGACUCAAACAGUUUUUGAACGGCGAAUUCCACAUCGAAGCCAUCAUGUAUAACAAAAAGCUGGACCGGUCAACCCUCAGCAGGAUAUUCGAUAUGUUCAGCGAUGUCUUGGCCCCCUUUUUGUGCAUGGAUUUCGUGGAAACGAAGAUGAGAUAA